CCCUCCUUCCCUCCACACCUCCACCCCUAUACUUUGUGUGGGGAUCAAGCCUCACUCCUCGACAGCCUUCAUGUCUGACAGCACAGAGGGAGGAAGAAGACGAGGAAAGGGGAAACUGACUGACUGACUCCCGAGGCUUUUUCUGACUUUUUGACGCACCGGGGAACUUUUUGUCCAUGUCACCAGAAAACCUGAGGCCAACACACCCAUCAGCCUGCAGCCGCGCUCCCUACCUUUGCCACGGAUUAAUUUAACCAGACCGGGACUCCAUGUAAGUUCAGAUAGCAGCCCCCCCCCCCCUCUCCUUUUUGAUCUGUGUGCGUCUGGGAGCCAUCCAGCGCAGUUUGAUUUGUGCGUAAAAGCUUAAAGAAUCAAAGCAAGGAUUCAACUACCUCUCUUCUGAGAUACAUGUCUCAGCUAUGAGCACAAUCAGUGCAAGAGUAUUUCUACCUAGAUUGAAAUAAGCAGGUUGGGCUUUAAACGGCUUAAAAUACUGAAAAGAUAGCGACGGGAGUUUGUUGUAGGGGUUUUGCGUCGAUGGACCAGGUUAUGAUGCUGAAUGCCACACAGAGAUUUGAGACAGUUUUAGCUUUAAAAAAAUCCAACUUUAUCAGGAGAUGAGCCUUUCAAUGAGUGCAGCAUGUUUCAAAGUCAAACAUAUUUGUUCAAAAUAAAAGAGUAUGAUCAAAAGAGAAACACCCUCUUCACCGAGGCUCCAUGCCACGUUGGCCUAGCGCAGCUUGACUGGUUUCUAGUUGGCACCAGCUGUGUUUUGAUGAUCACCACCACCAUCCAAGUUAUCCUUAAACGACAGAUAAUCUGUGUCCGUGUUUGAGAUUUUUGGAGGGAGAAAAUGUUCGGGUCAAGCAGGGCUUCUACGCCAAAAACGCCCUUUAUUUUUUCCAGUAGUAAAAGAUUAAAAUUGUCCCGAUCCAAAGUUGGUUUGUUUCCUCUAAACUAUAAAAGACGGCAGAGGCGGACGUUGUGAAAAUAUUUGUGAGGUCAAAAUAUUUGGGGAUGUUAGGGAAAUUGAUAGGUGGCAGGUGGCUGCCGGGGCCACAGGAGAGCGCGGACAGAAAAAAAGAGCCGUACCCCCCCCCCCCCCCCCUGCACACACUCACAGACACACAAACAAACACACCAAAAAAAAAAAAAAAGAACCCACUGGGAUACUCUCAACGUGCACACAUACCCACAAAUUCAGUCCACUCCGUGCCUAAAUGAUUAUUAUUAUUACAAACUUCAUGAUCCAAAAAUAUCAGGAUUUAAAAUAACUGAUAUCUACAGGAGUGCAUUUUCAAAUCUUGACCUUGAAUAUGAAAAAAAAACCAAAACAGAAUAAACAUAGCUAAAUACAGAGGGAAUAUUUAAAAAGGAAGAGAAGUUCAGCUUUCUCUGAAACGGUCCAAAAUGUCAAUGAUUCUCGUGGCGUGAGGCCUGAUUUUAUUUUUAUUAUUAUUACUUUUUUGGUCUCACCUUCCCUCCGUCCAUAUAGAUGCAUGAAUCGCAGUUCUAUCGAUUUUUAAGUUGUAAUGUCAUUUUUAAUUCAGAGUUGACAACACACGGGCUGUUACAGGACAUUUUAGGAUUAUAUCUGAAUUUUUAUUUUAAAAUUUAGAAUAAAAGCAAAAUACGCACUUUCCAGGCCCAUGCUGCGGCACGGCUGACCAAAUCAUUGAUGUUCGAUUUUGUAGCAUUUUUGUUUUCGCUUAAUCAUAUUUAAUUAUUUUAAAUUGUUUGUAAUCAAGUAUUGAAACGCGCAUGCAGAUAUGCUCCUAUAAGAUGAGCGCGUUAGGUUUCCUCCAGCAGGCCUUUGGAAAGCCUCUUUUGCAUCAGUCUCGGGUCUGCACAUAUGGAAAUCUCAUUUGUUUAUAUCGAGGUUCUCGUUUGGCCUCCGGCUCUAAUGUAAAUGUUUGUCGCUUAUUAGCCUUCCAAAACGAGGAGGCCAGUCUAAAGGCAUGCCCGGCCUACUCAACCCAGAAUUUAUCACCUAAAGACUAAACCAGAGAGUGUGUCUUUGGUCUGAAAUUUAUCUCAAUAUUAAUUUCAAUUAACAACAACAACAACAACAACAACAACAACAAAAUAGUGAAGCUUUUUUCCCUCUUUAACGAAAAUCAAGAGGCGUCAACACAAAUGUGGUGAGGAAACGCAUUUCGAUAAAGAAACAGAAGAAAUGUGGCUUUGAUUGUGUUUGCAGAAAUAUGUCCUAAAACACAAGGAAACACAUCGAUGAUCAAUUGACGCUCUUCAAAUCAAAAUAAAAACAGACAGUCAUAAUUCAUCUGCCCAGUGAACCUUGUUCUUACUUGUGUGGUUCAAUCAUAGUGACAAAGGGAAUGUGUUUAAACAGCUCAGAAUAUAAAUGUAGGUUCUUUUUGGCUCAUCGCCAUCAUUUCAGUGUUUUCAUCUGAAGCUCAAAACCAAGAAAGAAAAGGUUCAGCAUAUGAGAGCUUUUUUUUUACUCUACAAUAUUUUAAAAUAGCGCCAGGAUGGACCGCUGACAAACACAUUCUCCUUCUCUCCGGUGAACUCCAUCUUUUUAAAAAGAGUGAGUUCAUUUUUUCUCUCAUCAUUUCUCGUUGAUUAAGAAGGACCCGGAUGUUUCCCUCUCUCGGGCACAUUAGAGGAGUGUGUUUUUAAUCCACCAUAAUAGCUGCUCUCUGCACAGUGUGUUAAUCACUGUCCUGGACUUGUGUUGCUUUGCCAAUUAUUCCUGCGCUCUCUGCGCGCGGACAGAGUCAGUGCUGCAGGAGCGCGCGGCCUCACUCCCUCAAUCAUAUGCAAAUGUCUGUUAUAGGAGGGCAGAAAUUAACAUCUACAAACAUUGGACUGAAAUUCCAUCUGCCGCCUCUUCGAGGAGGCCCUUAAUAAGUUCUCAGACAGCAAAGUGACACACAUCUUAAUCAACUCUUAAUCCCAGGAAUUAAUUCUCUGCGCGUUUAUGAAUAAUUCCCGGAGUAAUGCGGCAGUCCGUGGAAAUGUAAGCAGGCUGCCGCGCGCACUGCCAGAUGGACCCGCGCAAUCUCUGGAAAAAUUAGAGGAUUUUUUCUCCUCCAUUAUUAUUUUUUAUCAUUAUGAGCAGAUAUAUAUUUUAAUGAGAUCCCUGUCACCGGGCGCCUGCUUAUGCAAAGCGCUUUAGCUAAUGCAAACCGGGGAGUCACGCCUGGAUGUUGAUUUGCGUCCAAUUUCUGAACAGUAGGCCUGGAGCAUUUAGAGUAAACACGCAGCACCAUCAGGGUCGUGUUUUGGGGUGUGUUUCCGCGGAAAGAGGCGGUGGGACAGCGUGUCAGGUGGAGGCGCACAAGUGAGGCAGACUGAGCUCUGUGGUAGAGGUGGAGAAGGGAUCAAUAUUUUCUUUACUUUGAUGAACUUCGCACAGAGCAUAGCUGUCCCUUUAUCCGUAUACCAGCGGUGGAAACAACGAACAGCUGCUUGGUCAAAGUACUGGAGUUCUUUCAUGCUUCUAAAAAUAAGUCAGUAAGCAAAGUACUUUUUUUGAAAAUCGCAGAGCAUUGCUGUAUUUUUUCCCCGAAAGCAUGAAGAUAUUCUUUAUUUAAAAAUAUAUAAAUCAUCCUUCUCUGCUGCAGAAAUUAUAACCUCCACUUCAUGAACUCUAUGUGGGCUCCACAUUCAACCAUGGACAUAAGUGAAAGUCAAGUAUGAAAACACCAGCCACAGCUGAUUUUCUUUGUGAUGGCAUUUCUUUAGAGAUAGAAAAUUCAUUAGCUGACUUCAGAGUGAGGAGAACAUCUGUAGACAUUUAGAGGGGUCAAAAGUGUGAUCUUAUUUUUUUCAAAUGGCGUUCAAGUUUUUUUUUUAACCCAGAAAUGAAGACUCAUGGGGUGAAGUAGCUUACACAGACUCUAACAUGAACAAAGGUGUAGCGCUUAGGUAAACUCACUUGGUGACCUCUGGUUAGACAGUGAUUCAUAUGCCCAUGCUCCUGUCUGCUUGUUAGCUCAGUGUUAGCUUGUUGGUCAUGAUGAGCUUAAAGGUAGGGGGGGCUCAUUUGGGAAACAUAAUCAUGUGGCGCCCCUGUUGUAUGUCUAUGUGGGGGAGAGGGAGGGGGGUUACUGACACCUUGUUCUGGACAAAAUGACUGGCUUGCAUCACCCGCACGCCCCUCACUGCCAAAGCCAGCCGGCCUCUCAGCACCACAUCGACACCGGGCCGCCGCUCCAUCCAUCACUGCCACAGAGGAUCAAGUCUCCCCUGACUGGCUCGUGUUCAUAUUUCUGACCAAAAUACAAGACCUCAGUGCGACCAAACUUCACAAAGAGACAGUUGUUGAUCUGUCAGGCAGGCUAGGACCCUGACUGACCCGGUCCAACAGCCAGGGACAUGUUAAGGGAGGGUCUCUGAUUUGAAAACCUUUUUUAAAACAGCUCAGCAACAAAGGUAUAAUAAUAACAAUAAUAAUAAUAAUAAUAAUAAUAAUAAUAAUAAUAAUAAUAAUAAUUAUUAUUAUUAUUAUUAUUAUUAUUAUUAUUAUUGUUGUUGUUGUUGUUAUUAUUAUUUAUUUUUUCAAUCAAAAUGGUAAAAAAGUGAAAUGAUUUGCUUGCCAGUUGACUUUAUCAGUAGCUCCUUUUUCCUACUGUGUUUGUCUUGAGUUUUCUGACUUUGAAAGAGUGGAAACCUCUAUUUUUCCUCCUCCUUAAAUAGAAAUAGUUUUUUUUAACCUUCCUUUAAGAAGUCAAAGCAGCUGAAGCAAUCAUAUGACGGUUCCUUCCAUGUGUCGGACAAGUAAUCUUUUAUGUCUAGAAAUGGCUGAAAUGUCAGGUUCAUACAGGGUUGUUUGAAAUGCCUAAAAACAACAAGAGAUAAAUGCAGGACAGAGAAUUACAGCUCGAGCUUGCAAAAAUCAGGACUAAAAGCAAACAGACGAACAUAAAUGGAAGGUCAGAUUUUCACAGCAGCCUCUGAAAUCCCAAAACAGACAGAUCUUUGAGUCAUUGGGCUUCAAAAAGAGGAAAAUGAAACAAUAUUUUUGCAGCUAUGAAGAAGGGAAGCUGAUCUUUCUGACCCAGCAGUCAACUUCAACCCACAAAUCCAUAUCAGAAGUGCAUUAAUCCCACGCCACAACACAGAGGGAGUGUGCUUACUGAGGUAAUCUCUCUUCUGGGAGACUUGACCUGAUCCUUCCAGUGAGUCCCCCAUCUUUUUUUUUUUUUUUUCUUCACAGACGCAGCGAUGGCCCUUGGCUGACAGAAGAAGACCCAUUUUCCUGUCUUUUAAUCUUUGUGAAAAGCUCUGAUCAUUCUCCAAAAUGUAAAACAAAAAACAGAUGCAGGUCUUUCUUUGGAGUCUCACUCUGCUGGUGUCGGAUGCGCGUUGAACAGCGUUUUUUUCAGGGGUGCUGUCAGAUAAUAUCAAUGUGUCUGGACUGAGGAAGACUGCAGGAAAACGUGGCCUCACCUCUUAGAUGUCAGAGAUAUUGGGUGGUAAUGAGGUGCUAAACCUUUAAUCAGAAUAUGCAGGUCGGCAUGAUGAUGCUUCGUCAGAGUGUUUGACACAGUGUUAAGUGGGGGUCAGGGAGAGUUGAAGAGAAAACUUUCAUAACUGUCUCUCAGUGAUGAUGAUGAUGAUGAUGAUGAUGAUGAUGAUGAUGAUGAUGAUGAUGAUUAUAACGACGACGACGAUGAUGAUGAUGAUGACGUUGUGUUUGUGUGCCAAGUUCACAUCAGUGGAAGAGACCCAUUUGAGCUGCUGCUUUAAGCUGGACAACCUAGCAUUGAUGGUGCACUGCAAGUCAGCACAAUGAAUUCUCACUCACACUUAACUAGAUGAGAUAAAGGUUUCUGUUUUUUUACAACGAUCGAAAUGAACCAAAAAAUCCUCACACAUCUGAAGAAGUCUGCUCUUUCUGAGACUGAUUUUCACAGUGUAACACAGACUGUCAGACUGUUUUCCUCCAAAACUUCAUCUGCAUGAAAGCUUUUAAACAUACUCCAGGGGAAAAAAAACAUGAUUUGCUGAUUCAAUUGUGGUGUAACAGGAGCUGGACAGUUUGUUGCCCUCAGACAUGCAUGCCCUUAGCCACUCUGAGGGCAUGCAUGUCUGUUUCUUCGUAUAAAAGCUUCUGAUACUGAUCCAUGAAGGUAAAUUAGGGAGCAAUAUCAACACCUAUCAGGACACCUCAUGUUGAAAGAAUUGAACUGAAACACACUGUUACUGCAGCUGUUUUGAAAGGAAUUUGAAUUCACUGAAUUGGACCUUUUUCUUCAGACUAUAUGCUGAGCUUCUGCUAAGUACACUCACUCAAAUCUGUAUCUAAGGGUGUUUUCGCACUUGGUCCCGAACACAGUCCUCUUAAGUGGACUAAAAGAAAAGGAACUCCGUUCUUUUUGUGUUCACAUUGUGAGUUUAUUUCAAAGAGGGCCUGGUUGUCUUUCUGGUUCAGUUUUAAUGUGGCCUCAGUCCUCUUUCUGUUCACACGAGGUCCUCUGGAGCAUUUUAUUAUGAGUGCUGAGGUACUUCUGUGUUUUUUUUUUCCAACUUUAACUCUGUACUGUACAGAUGUUCGAUUUUAACCAACCGCUUUCAUCCUCUCUGAAAUUUCUUAAAAGACUAUUAUGUUACGGUGAGUCGUAUAUAGUUCUGCUUUUAUUCUCUCGUUGUUCACAUAUAGACAAAAAAUGCUGAAUCAUGUUGUGAGUUUGUUUAGAGGACUGAAGGGACCAAGGAGAGGCUACUUUGGUCAAAAGAAGGAUUUUUUUUAUGCAACAAGUUGUACUUGGUGGUAUGGAUCUGUUCUGAGAGUGCCCUGCAGAGCACACCCCUCUCAGUUUUUCAUGGGCAUACAUGAGAGUCCAAGGAGCUAAGGCAGGGAGUGUAGCAGCAGCAAGGAUAGAACGGAGCAGACAUCAGUGACAGUCAAGGUACAGAAAUGAGAGGAUGGAGAGGAGGGGGGUUGUAGAGCAGUUUGAAGCGGCAGCAGGAAAAGGCAGUGAAGAACAAACACUUGAACAUUUUCUAUUUGGUCAGAUUGAAGGUCAUUGGCUGUGCUGUCAGCUAAAAUGGGCUAGUGCUGAGAUUAGCUGAUGGCUGGGGGAAGAGCUUGACUCAUUGGCCUGCCUUCACUAACUCCAUGCUCAAAUCAGAGAGUCCACUCACAGUCUGUCAUGAAAAAACCCUUGUAGCAGUGCUAAAGACAAACAUGUCCUGUUAGCACACAGACACUGUCGUUUCUUCCUUUUGAAAUCUUCCAGACAAAACCUUUUCUGCUUUCAUGAAUUUGAAGUAGCUCCUACAAUGUGUGAAUGCUCGCUCAGCCCAGACAGUAGUUUUUUUUUUUUGUUUUUUUUUUAACCAGUGAGUCUGAUUUUACUCAGGUUUUUUGCCUGGUCGAAGACAGCUUGUCAUUUUCUAACUCAUGUCCGGUCUUCUUUGUCAAAUCCACCGUUCUUGUAUGAAAAGUACUCUACAGAUACAGUUCAAUUAAAGUAUCUUGAAUUAAAGAGGAGGCUGCAGGUGUUUACAGCAGAGCUUCACAAUGCUAUUUCAACAAUUUCAAACGUCGACAGUUAGUCUGGUUCAAGAGUUCAAUCAGGUUGUACAACAUGUUGUUGUUAGAGUUGGUGGUGGUGGUGGUGGUACUGCAGGGGGGGGGGGGGGGGGUUGAAGCCAUGCCAUGCUCUGGACCCCACCUCCCCCCUGCCAGGCUUCAGAUUUAACCCUGGCUGAAGUCACAUGAGGCUGGCACACAAAGGGCUGAUAUGAUGGCCAACAGGCUGCAGGGAAACUCUGCAGGAGGGGGGUCGGGGGUUGUGCCUUCCCCACUGACAUAUCUAAAUGAGCUGCCCCUCCAAGUCUAAAACUCAUCCCCACAGUGCUGCUGACUACACACUGGCAACAACGUCCACACAGGCAGCAGUGGUGCUCAGAGUCCAUGUUUGAUUUUCAGGGAUGAGGUUGAUCGCCUUUUUAAAUCUUUGAUGACAUACACUCAUUGUGGCCCGCAGCAGCCCUAAGACCUCCACUAAACCUGUAAACUGAAGGCUUUAGGCUCCCAGUGUCCUGGGAAAUGCAAAGGCAAACAGAAAAGGAGAAUACACAGUAAUAGCGUGCUGAGUUUCAGGAGCUGAGGCUUCACCUUAUGCCUGUUUGGUCUCUGUAUUCCUGAAGGUAGGCAGGCGUGUUUCCCAACCCUCUAUCAUUAGGAGUGUGUGUGUGUGUGUGUGUGUGUGUGUGUGUGUGUGUGUUUGUCCCAGUAUAUUCAAGGUGUUAACUGCUCUUGGAUAAAUAGACCAGCAGCUAUUCCUGCCCUCCAUUGAGGAACACUUCUACCUCAGUGAGUGGAAUCAGCCUCUGAAAUGUCACCAUGUAUUUUACAGCAAUAACUCAAUAGCGCUCCCCAUGUAGCCCAAAAUAGAGUCAAUUCAGGGCAGCUCCUGUUUUAGCUGCUUAUGUCAGGCUCGUAUAAAGGGAUCGGGAUUACAACCACAACCAGGCCUGAAUGGAAAGAUGGAAGAGAAAAUAAGAGCUGAAUGUGCUGCCAAAUUAAACAAAUACUCACUGGCCCACAUCAAACAACCGCAACUCUUCCAAAUCACUUCAUACUUUCAGGUGAAAAUGUAGUCUCAAAGGGAAAACAACAGGCUUCCAUGUUUUCUCACGGUCAGAAAAAAGGUUAGGAUUUCUCCAGCCAAUGUGAUCCAAAUGCUUUGACUUCAACCCAGCCACUGAAUGAAGGCAGGUCAAAGUCUGUCCAUCAAGUGCAGAAAGAGUUGUAAAUGCUCUCUUAUUUCACAUUUUAUUAAAUGGUGUUCCUUUGGUUGAGACCGAUACUUAUUUCCUGUACUUUAACCGCGUGUUUUUUUUAAAUUAUUCUUUAGACUGAAAUGAAACUGUUAAGCAUUUCUUUAGCUUGGUGUUUUCUGGCCACAGAGGGUUGCAGAUUCUGAUAGACCUCAGUUUGUCCGCUUUCCUUUUCUGGCUGCAAAAAUGCUCCAACUAACACCCGGCAUUGGUUUAGGGUAGUGAAAAUAGAACACAGCAACUGAUAACUCUUUAUUUGCAGAGUGAGGUGAGUGUUUGGUAUUAUUCAUUAUCCUCUCUCUAUCUGAUCUGCAUCAGGCAGCUGUAUACGCAAAGGCCCUGAGGUUUUGAAGAGUAAAUCAAAACGAAAUCGUAAAAUGAGGAGCAGACGGAUUGUAGGGCGCGUCUGUGCGCGGACUGACUCCUUCGUGGUGAAGAAAGGAUUUGUGCUGUGUUGUUCUCUUUUAGCGGGGUGACUGUUUGUUUCUCCACAGGUAGUUUGAAAAUGUCUCCUUAAACGCAACAUACACGAUCAGAAAUAUCCAAGAGGUUGUGUGAAAAGCUCUUUUUUGCGCACACAUAGAUCGCAUUUUGACGGCGGUAUAAUCACCAUAAUUCUAUUGAUUAUGAGUUUUCUAACGUGUGUAUCUGUGCCUGUGUGUCUCCUUGUGUCUGCAGAGUCUGGUUAUGGAUUUUAACCUGCUGACGGACAGUGAAGCCCGCAGCCCCGCGCUGUCGCUCUCUGAUACCGGGACCCCGCAGCACGAGCCGGGAUGUAAAGGCCAGGACACGAGCGGUCAGUGUGCGCCUUCUCGGAGCUUGAUGCAUGCUUACAUACAAAUAUUUUACAGCAUGGAAUUGACAUUUCUACACUUCUCUUAAGCUUCAGUUUUACGCAUGCGUUUUUGUCCUGAUGAACCAGGGGAAACAUGAAUACACACAAUUUAUGACAUUUGUAAAAAAAGGUCAGAAUAACCACGAUCAUAAAUACAGACUCAACCUGCCUUCGCGGGCAAGGAGAUAUUACAAAAUACUUUCUACUUAAAUAAUGAUAACCAUUAUAACAUUAACAACAACAACAACAACAAUAGUAACAAUAAUAAUAAUAAUAAUAAUAAUAACAACUAUUAUUAUUAUUAUUAUUAUUGAUAAUUUUGACAACGACAACAUUAUUAUUAUAUUAUUAUUAUUAUUAGUAGUAGUAGUAGUAGUAAUAUUUUAAUAUAAAAAUAUUAACAAUAACAAUAAUAACAACAACAACAACAACAAUAAUAAUAAUAAUAAUAAUAAUAAUAAUAAUAAUAAUAAUAAUUAUUAUUAUUAUUAUUAUUACUGUUGUUGUUGUUGUUAUAAGGCUAUGGAAGUAUCGUUUGUUCUUGCACAAUAUAGAUUGAUGGAGAUCUUGAUUACAAACUGUCGUAAUUCAAACGGCAGGAAAGAUUUAUUUUUCCUUCAUGUCAGACUGCAGCUGGUAUUUCAAAAAAAUUUUUGCAUGGUGGAUCUGUGAAACCAGAAAACAGCCGCUCCACUUAAAGUGUGAUCCGCCUCUUUAUUGGUCGCUCAAUCUAAGUUAAACAGACUUAUUUAGAUAAGAAUAGGCCCUAAACUCUGCAAUAUCCCGCGUGUAAACUUGUGUGUGAGAGAGAGCUCCUGAUGAAAUCUGAAAACCCUUUUAAAGUGGAGUUUUAUUAGCGUUUUUACGCAGCAGCCUCUCACUCUUCCUUGGGCGCAGCUGAUGGCCUUUGAUAACACAUUCUUCAUGUCACUUUGUCACUUUGAAUAUGAAAAUUUAUUCAAAAUGAGGAAAAUCGUUUUUUUCCUCCUGAAAACAGCAGCAUAUCAGCGCGACGUCCUGGUUUCAUCAUUCAGUCCAGUGCGCGUUUCCUCUGACCGAUGAUCAAUUCAGUUCACCAUACUCAUUAAAACCAUCUCUUUAACGAGUUUUACUACAACGCGGUUUUUUCCUCGGCCUCAUUAAGAUGUGGCUUGUCUAACUUACAGUAGCUUGGGCAUUAUUGAAAUAAUUACUCUGUAAUGUCAUGUCCCCACUGAUCAUGAAAUGUUUUCAUGCUUAAAUGAAAUUUCUGUUCUGUACAAAAAAUAAAUAAAUACAUACAUAAAAAAAAUACCCAGCAGCUGUUACAGUCUUUAUAUCUGCUUUUAUAAUGGGGACGAUUUUCCACCAGCUCCUGACAUUCCAUUUAACUGAGUGUUUCAACAGGACCUGUUACCUGUAAUCAUUUGGCCUUAAAUAUAUUCACAUAUAUAUCCGAGCAUUAUUUAUUGAAAUCAAUCAGGACCAUCAUCAAACCAAAUAAAGACUAAAGCGCCUGCAUGAGAGAAGGCUGAUAUCACUUCUUAAAUAUGAAAUUUCUGCAUGAACCAAAUCCAAAUAUCCAUCAAAUACUAGUCAGGAUUCAGGAGUGCAAGUGUGCACAGGUCCUGGGUUGGUUUUUCAGGGUGCUGCGGUGAUGAAAAAUGGGUCUAACCCAAGACAGCAUCAAGAUUUUCAACGGAUACAACCGCACAUUAUUGAAGUAAUUCAGAUCAUUGUAAAAUUAAAUAUGAUGAUUUACCCCCCCCCCCCCCCAUCUAUCUCCAUCUGUCUAUCUCCUGUUCUGUGUCUCUGUGUGUUUAGCUGUGUGUAACUUGAUCUUAUUGCUUAAGUGUGUGUGUUGUUUCAAAUCCAGCCGUUACAAACUGUCAGACACAAACUAUUCGGGUCUAAAAAUGGCCUCGUGUCUUUGCUGCUGCUCCAGACCUCUUCAGGAGGACUUUUCUCGCUCAUGUAGUCUCAGAGAGUUUAUCAUGUGCUGUCUGUGUGCUGUUCAAACAGGGUCACAUGUAUUCACAGGGUCUCAAUGUCACUUUUAUUAACACACAGGUCUUGUUAAUGCAGGAGAGAAAAAGAGACUUUCACAGCUGAUUCGUAAUCCAUCAGAAAAUGAUGUUUUUUUUGGCACAUCGAUCAGAAUAAUAAGCAUUUGUUUUAGAGUUGAAAAUCCUAAGUUUUAUAGAUCAGAUAAAUAGUCCUGAUAUAAAAACCUUAAAUAUUUCGUUUACUGUCCAAGAUGACUCCAACAUGAUUCCAGGAUGUUUUCAAGAAUUUGUGGCAGGCUGACACAUGCUUUAUGAUCUGCUAGACACAUUCAAAGAGUUCAAAUGCUUUAUAUCAGCCUGUAACGGGGCCUCUCAAAUCAUGUUGAAUGAUAAUAAUAAUAAUAAUAAUAAUAAUAAUAAUAAUAAUAACGUUGAUGAUGGUGCACACAGAUUGCAUGUCAGGUUGUCUGGACUUAUUUUCAUUUAUAGUGGUGUCAUGGUGUCUCUCUGUGACAAUAAAGACCAGACCACAUGUGUCUGUGUUCUCUUGAAAGCAGAGGAAUUCAGUACUGAGGAGGGAUUAUUCCAGUCAUGCUGUCAUUAUAAAUAUGUUUUUAGGAGUUUAUUCAUCUUUAUUCUUCUUUAUAGAGCCAACAAAACACUUUCUGAAACCACAUUUGUGCUCACCACACUGAGCAGACACCCAGGCCUCAGGCUCUGACCCUCCUCACACCAUUACUGAUCAAUCACGUUCUCUCUCUUUAUUAUAAAGAGGCUUUCUCUCUGAAAUCAAAGUGAGCACUCCUGUUAAAAAGAGACUUUGAGAACAUGUCAAGCAGGUUUUUCUGAAGGUCUGAUCUGAAAGGGACAAAUCUCAGAUACUUCACAUUUCUUAACAAAGUGGACAUGAGCGUACACAGCUUGUGUUUCUGCCUCUUUUUUAAGAUGCUGAGAAGUCAUUUGGUUCAAGCCUCCUCCUGUCUUGUAGCUGGCUGUUUGCAGGUUCAACCCCUCUGAGAAGCUGACCUGGAACAAUUCUGACAUGUCUGCACAUUAUCAGUCCGAUUGCUCCUAUUGUUGCUCAGUGCGUCGCUGCCCUCUCCUCUGUAUUGUGAUAGACUUUGGCCUUAAGUGACAGCUUACCCAGUGUCAGUUUACUGCCAGAUAACAGCCUGGUGGCUCUGGCCCUCAUUGAUUUUGCUGGUGGCCCUGCGGAGCCUCUUUUUAAACCCUGCUGAUCAUUUGGAGCUGCUCUGAGAGCUAAGCCCUCACCAAACAGAGCCCAACUUGCCCAAGUCACAAAAGCCUGAUCCGCAGGAUUAGCUGGCCAACUAAUUUCACUUCUUUCUGUGAGGUCCUUAAAUUGUGGGAGUGAGAGGAACCCUGGCAGACAUAACAUGGAUGUGUGGUCCUUUAAAGUGGCUGGACUGGGGGCCAAUGCAAUCAGUCAGGGCUCCUGCAUCUUUAAGUAAUGCACUAUUUGAAGUCGCUCUCUCCUGCAGUGUUUCACCCAGGCCUGGUCUUGAGGGGUGCAGGGAUUUCACAUCAUGUUUGAUCCCACAGGGUUAUCCAGGGCUUUCAGCAGGAGGUGGAUAGAGCCAAUUCAGAGAGAGGAGUCCGAUAAAUGUGCUGUCAAAGUCAGUCAGAGUAUAAAAACAGACUUGGACUUUUACAGACUCUGUAAGUGAGAUUAUUAUUUGGACUUCAGUCAGGGUUUCCUGCACCAACCUUCAUGCUCAUGCAGACUUACAAGUAUUUUAUUAAAAAAACAAAACAAACAAACAAAAAACAAACAAAACAAAAAAAAAAAAACAGAAAUGCUGCAGCAGUGUCUUUAAAUACAGAUCUUUUGUUUAUAAUGUAAAUGGUAAAAAAAAACAAAAAAAUACAUGACCAUACAUGACACUACCGACAGCUUGCUUCACUGAAAAGGUGGUAUGUUUUGGAUCAUGAACAGUUACUGUCCUUCUCCUUACUCUUCUCUUCCCAUCACUCUGGUACAAGUUGAUCUUUGUCUCAUCUGUCCAUAGGAUGUUGUUCCAGAACUUUAAAGGCUUUUUUAAAUGUUGUUUGGCAAACUCUAAUCUGGUCUUCCUUAUUUUGAGGCUCACUAAUGGUUUACAUCUUGUGGUGAACCCUCUGUAUUCACUCUAGUGAGGUCUUCUCUUGGUUGUUGAUUUUGACACUCAUACGCAUGCCUCCUGGAGAGGGUUCCUGAUCUGGCAAACUGAUGUGAAGGGGUUUUUCUUCUCCAAAGAAAUAAUUUGUCUGUCAUCCACCACAGUUGUUUUUCGUGGUCCUCCGGGUCUUUUGGUGUUGCUGAGCUCACCAGUUCGUUCUUUCUUUUUAAGAAUGUUCCAAUAGUUAAUUAGUCCACACCUGAUGUUUUUGCUAUCUCUCUGAUGGAUUUGUUUUGAUUUUUUAGCCCAAUGAUGGCUUACCUCACUGAUAGUGACAGCUCCUUUGAUCUCAUAUUAAGAGUUGACAGAAACAGAUUUCAAAUGCAAAUGUCAGACCUGGAAUCAACUCCAGACCUUUUACCUGCUGAGUUGAUGAUAAAAUAAUGAGGGAAUAGCCCACACCUAUCCAUGGAAUAGCAUUUGAGCUGGUCGUCCCAUUACUUUUGGUCCCUUUAAAGGUGGGAGGCACAUUUGUGCUUUAUAUUUAGUAUCAUCUGUGGAAGUACACUGGUGGUAAGGUGUAGGGACUCAGUGUAGGGACUGGCUUGGUGAAACUGACAGCUUUCAGCAGAUAAACUAACUCUGUGUUUCUGUGACUUUUUUGAGAGGAGGUCAGUGUAUGGUCAGAGACUGUCUGGAUCCAGUCCUUCUAAAUGAAGCUAAUCUGGGCUGAUUCAGGUAUAAAACGGAGAGUGAAUUCCUAACACCAGCUGACUAUGCUACAUUGAGGCUGCCAUCUUUUUAUAGCCUGUUGACCAGUCAGAGGCCCUAUCUGUGAUCAGAUGACCUUGAAAGUUCCAGUGAGAAGAUUUUUAGAUUUAUUGUAGAUUUUUUUUUUUAGAUAUUGAAAACCCUGGUCUAAUAAUUAAUCACAGGGUAUAUAUUCAAAGUGCCAGCUCAGUCUUCAACAUGUCAUCUGUCCUUUAAACCUGCAGGCUUUCUGAAUAACAUCUGCUCCAAAAAUGUUCCCCUAUUAAAGCACAACUCUAAUUAUUCAUAAAUCAGUAUCAAUCAGCACAUCUCUUUAGUCAUCAUACAUGGAGCAAAAAACACAUUUCAUCGAAAAGACGGUACAAGCACCAGUUUACCUUUUUGUGCAAUUUAAUGUGUUGUUUUAUUAUGUUAAUUUUUUAAUGAAAACUGCUGCCUGUUUCAAAAUAAGUUGUGGUCUUUAAUCCUUUUCAAAUCUUCAGGUUCAUGCAGUAUGAGAGACACAGUGAAGAGUGAAGAUAAUUAAAGAUUUGAUCAUUUUCAGUUUUAUGGUUUUCCCUUCCAAAUCCAGACAAUAUUUUUAUACAUUUUUCUCCUCUUCCUCCUCCUUCUUCUUCUUCUUCUUCUUCUUCUAUGUUUCUCACAUAAACCUAUACAGAUGUAAACUUCCCCCAGGCUCCUCCCAGUUUUUUUUUCUUCUGCACAUCCAUGUCAUCUUGAAUCACGUGAAAUCAUCCGACUCAGCUUUGUAGGGUUUGGUCUUUUUAUCUUUCUCUUUCAUUCAAAAACACCCUCAGAUUUGUUCAGUGAUCCAAACAAGCUUAUUUUACUGACACUGAUGAUGCUAAAAUAAUAAAUAAAUAAAUAAAUAAAAACUUUAAAAAAUUUAAUUUCUUCAACGCAACUUUAUUUGUAAAGCACUUCAAAACCACCACAAAGUGCUGUACAUAAAUAGACAAAACAACCCAGACAUAAAAAACAAUCAAAAAACAAUUAAAACAAUGGAUAAGAUAAAAGUAGAUAUUAAAAAGUAAAAUAUAAUUUCAAGGUUUUUACAAACAAAUUUAAAAACAUAGAAACAAAUAACUAAAAACAAACCAUAAUACACUAAAACAGGAGCCGAGUCUCAUGCAGAGUUGAAAGCCAAUGAAUAAAAAUGGGUUUUAAGACGAGCUUUAAAAAUAGACAGUGUGGGGGCUUGUCUGAUUUGUAGGGGUAGCUCAUGCCAUAAUUUUGGGGCCGCAACAGAAAAAGGUUGUUCCGUCUGAGCUUCAGUUUGGACCCGGUACCUCCAGGAGCAGAUGAUCAGCUGAUCUGAGGCACCGAGCAGGGGUGUAGGGGUGGAGAAGCUCAGAGAGGUAAGAUGGAGCCAGACCAUUUAAAGAUUAAAAAACAAAUAAAAUAAUCUUAAAAUGAACUCUAAAAUGCACAGGUAACCAGUGGAGGGAGGCAAGGAUAGGAGUAAUGUGCUCCCUCUUACAUACUCCAGUUAAGAGUGGGGCGGCUGCGUUUUGUACUAACUGGAGACGUGAGAGGGAGGACUGGCUGACUCCAAAGUAAAGUGCGUUACAGUAAUCCAGCCGAGAUGUAACAAAGGCAUGGAUUACUGUUUCAAAGUGCUUACGUGCAAGGAAAGGCUUUGCCUUAGCCAGCUGCCUAAUAUAAUAAAAGCUGAUUUUCACUACUGAGCUAAUUUGCCUGUCGAAUUUAAAAUCACUGUCCAUCUUAAAACCCAUAUUUCAGAUGGUUGGCUUUAAAUAGUCUGCUAAAAUACCCAAGUCUACAGGAGUGGAUUCACAAGGGCGACUGGGACCAAAGACUCUGUUAACAGAGUUAAAUUCAUGGUUCGAAAACAAACAAACAAUAAUAAAAAAAACCUAGUCAUUUUCACUUUAUUUCAUUCUGAUAGAAAAUGUUAUUUCCCUUGCUGCAGUUUCUGUUGUUUUUUGCCUGAAUGAUAAAAUUCAAGAGAAAAGAUUUGUAAAGGUUUUAGUCAGAGCUGAACUCUGUAGCUUUUUCAUUUUUUGAUCUGGAUAUUUCCAUUCUCACCUCAGCUCACUCUGGCUUUGUGUGUGGCACAAACAUGUAACAUGGAGCCUAAGGCAAAGUUGGGAUCAAACAGUUUAGGUUUGCUUUCACACUCAUCCUGAAAAACUGGGGAGGAUUUAUGGUGCAUAUGUCUGCAGAUUGAUCUGGCUGUCGAUAUUUUCAAUACAUGUAAAAACCCAAGCACAGACAAAGUAAGAGAGUUAAUGAGCCUACAACACACAUCAGGACACUAUGAAAGAAUAUUUGAUAAUAGAGCACAAAUUAUGUCCUAGCCUGCCUUUCACAAAUCUCUCUCUCUCUCUAACUUCUCCUCUUCGGUGCCUGCAGACACAGAGAAAUCCCACCAGAACCAGCUGGAUGAGUCCAGUGCUGAGGAUGGCUCCCUGAAGAAGAAGCAGCGGCGGCAGAGGACUCACUUCACCAGCCAGCAGCUCCAGGAGCUGGAGGCCACCUUUCAAAGAAACCGCUACCCUGACAUGAGCACCAGAGAGGAGAUUGCAGUGUGGACCAACCUCACCGAGGCCCGGGUCAGGGUGGGUAACCACAGCUCUGAUUCUGAGAUAGGUUGUUUUACUGCAGCAGCUGGUUUCACUGACCACGGCAGUGAGAGUAAGGAUGAAGGCUGCAGGAGAAUGAACUAUGGGAACCUGCACAGUGGCUGUUGAACAAACAGAUGAUUUCCAUGCCAUGGACAAAUGCCAUGACAUUUAGCUGUAUUUUUUCUGGUGUUAGAUCUAAGACCUAAUGUACUCCUAAGACCAAAUGUUGAUUGAUAAAUGAAAGAGCCUUUUUCAAAGAUCUAAGUGAGCAGCACAGAGCACAGGACACUCACAUUUGUCACUCCAAAACCGAACACGCUAACACUGCAACAGUUUUCUCAUAGAAGCAAAAAACAGACAAAAGCACAGUGGAUCCCUGAGUUAAACAGCUGGUUUGUGAUCCUGGUGAUUAAUGACUAGAUAUAGGUUACAGAGAUCAUUUUCCUGCACCCUGCUUUCAUUUUGACUUCACCUGGGUCUCCUGGAGGACAUUAGUUUUCAUUGGUCAGUGUCUGUGCAGCUCACUAUGCCCUUUCAGUGCAAUAACUUGAACCUUUGUUUUUGAUUGUGGGGCCGCAGUAGAUGUUCAUCUGCGACAUCAGGAUGUGGAAAUGUUGAACCUUUUUUCUACUUGGCUGCUCUCUCUAAUAGGUACAGAGUGAUACACAGCAGGGCAGAGAUGUUGUUUCUAUGAAGCCGGGAACUUGGGAAGUGAUGUCUGAGUGAGUCUGAAUGAGGGUAUGGCGGCAUGAUGCUGGGAGGAUGUGUGCAGCCCACAGCCAGCUCAGUGACCACACCCACUGGUUUCUGAGGAGGCAAAAAGACAGGAAUGCUGACUCCAAAUGACAACCUGUAAUUGUGAUCAAUCACUGAAUGAAUUGCAAAACCUGCAAGCUAGUUCAGACAGGCAACUCAAGUUGCACUGAUUUCACACUUGACAGGUGUCAGUUGCUCAAUUGCUCAGAUAACACUGCUGAAUUGGUGCUGUAUUCAAGCUGCAGGAUAUUGGUCUUUGCCUCUGCUUUGCUGCCAUGCUGGAGUGCUGCACUCACUGUUUUCAGCCCCACCUCCUCCCCAGCAACCAUCUGCAGGCCUGAAAGGGUGGGUUCAAGAUAUUGUCAUAUCAUCUGCAGCAGAUGAAGGUAAAACUGUGAGGAGUGAUGAGGUGAAGAGCAAAAAAGCAAUGAAUGCUUUCAAGCGUCUCACUGAAAUCACAUUUUCCAUAUUUCCACCAUUUUACAUUUGAAACCAUUUUUUUUACUCCAUCUUAAAAUCAUUUUUAUCGUGUCUUGAUUUAAAAUCAAAUGAACACUGGUACCUAAGGAUUUUGAUUUUCUGUGUGGUCUGAAACUACAACUUAAAGGGAGGAGCCUGUCAGAGUUUUUAAGAACUAACCUAAUGGACAACACUGUUCACAAAAUGUGAAUCACACUUGAUCAUGUUCAGAAUGGGCAAAAGUGUUGAGGACUACAAGAAGUCGUUAGUGGCCUGAGAGCCAGUGAAUCAAAAGGACUUGAAAGCCUUCACCUGGGAACAGGCUCCUCUCUCAAACAGCCAACAUUCAUUUGAUUGGAUGAUUUCUGAGAUAUGAUGACCUUCAGGGAAAUCUUCUUGCAGUUUGGUAUAAAGUGCAGAUUCUUUGAGCCAGUUGACUGAGCUGCCAAGGAGUUGAUUUGGAAAAAUGGGCCCUUGAAAAGCACAGAGAUUUCAUGAAAGCAGCAGGGAGAUGCUACAGUGGGCUGGAAAACUCAAAAUAGCCAUUAGGGAAAAAAAUCACACAUUAAUUUUGGACCGUUGUUACAUCACAUUAUUGAGUAAACAGUGACAGCCUAGCUUAAGUUUACGCUUUUUAAAAUUUUUUUUUUACACUGGGAUUGCUUUUUGACUUGAACCGUGUGAUUGUUGGUUAUGAAAGGAUAAAAGUGGGUGAUUUUAUUCGGCUGACUGAGACUAAAGCCCCUUUAAUGAGGCUACAGACAAGGAACUGUUGCACCUUUUUCUGCCUCCCUGGUAGGGGAGUGCUGCUCUUGUGACAGCAUGAAUGAGUGAGCUACAAUGACUCCUCCAGGACUUUUCAUGUGAAUCUGUGGGCACAGACCACAAACUGAACACGUUUUAGACCUACCAUCGCUUUGCAUACAGCCUAAGAUACAUUAUAUACAUUAAGGGAAAUAAUGAUCAGUCUAAGGUACAUCAUAUAAUUUCAAGUCUAAACAAACAGGCUUUGGGAUUUAAUAUAAGUCAGUGGUGCAAAAUAUGCUAUCUAGGGUACGUAGUAGACAGUCUGUGCAACAUAAUUUACACACUCCAAUACAAAAACUAUAAUCCAUGAAACACACUAAGCAGUUUCAAGUACAUAAUCUACAGUCUCUGGUGCAUAAUACACAGGCUAUGGUAUGAUAUAUACAGGCUUUUUGAUAUUAUAUACAGCAUUUGUUCCAUAAUAUAUAGUCUACUGUACGUGAUUUACAGUUUUUGGCUCCUAAUUUAUCGUCUUUGUUCCAUAAUUCACAGUCAGUAAAAUGAAGAAUGUGUGGUACAUGUACAGCAAGCAACUAUUUGAUGGAUCUUUGAUGGGUUGGAUCUCAAAUUUUAAUCCUCUGUAAUAGCCCAUGAAGCAUGAAUAAGCUAAGUGGUUGUCUACAAUGGGGGACUUGAUUGAUUGUUUUAAAGACAACAUUUGUGAGUUUCUAAUGUCUCUGAAUUGGGAUUUAACUUGACAAAUACACUAUGGAAAGAAAACAUGAGGUCAUGGUAAAAAAUGAGAAUGAUCUGCUGUUGAAUAAAAACAAAAAACAAAUAUGUGAUGUAGGCUACCCGCUGCUGUGCUUUAUUCCCACACUGGACAUAAAUGUCAAAGUUGCAGCAGAAAGAAGGACCACACACAGCGCUCUGCUCACUGCAGCUAUAUGGAGCAGGAGGACACAGUGGGACAACAAUACAAUUGCUGGCACGCCUGUCCACUAAUGCUGGCUGGUUGAAAGGUCACAUAGCACACACUCUUGGUUGUUAUUUUGAAGGGACAACAGACUACACAGCGUCUCACUCUUAAUGUCCAUCAAUGGCCUUUUCAACCCCUGUUUGCCGGCAGAUUCCUGCAUGCUCAGAAUAUUUCACCUGUCACUUUGAUUCAUGGGAUUUUUCAGAGAGGGGCUGUUCAUCAUCCCAGUUAGAGCCAAACAAGACACAAGCAUGACCCUAAAUCAGAGUCAGAGCAUGAAAUGUAAAGACCUUGAUGUUUCCUGCAGGUCAGAUAAAAAAAAAAAAAAGAUGUUUUAUGGUUUUAUUCCUAUCAUGUGGAGGGAUGCACAAAACUAAUCAACAAGCUGAAUUCUAUACCUGUUAGUUCAUAUGUUUUCUCUAUACACUCUAUUUACCCAGCAUUCUUAUCAGCCAUUAAGUGAAACAUGUGAUGUGGUUUCCCACUGACACCAGUCUGAUUAUCUGUACGCUGAACUCAAACUUCAGCCGUAGUUCAUUUUCACACAAAAUUCUGAUUUUUUGUUAAACUGAGUCAUCAUUAUUAUCCAGCAAAGAGAGCAAGCCACAUCAAAAACAAUGCUUGUAGUUGUUGUUGUUAUCAGAGGUAGAGGUGGUAAAUAAAUUCACUUCUUUAAGUUUGUUUGAAUGUCUUUCUUUGAGGUUAUUGAGCUGAUGAGUCUGAACUGGGACCCUCCAGUACCAGCAUGGCUACCUUUAAACUGAACAUGUCCUGGGUGUCUUUAUUCUGCUGAAGGCCAGAUGGGUUCAGUUUGCCUAUGGUCUGUUCUGUGUGUAACAAACAGUUAAUACUGACAUAAUGACUUUGGCUUUGGGGAUAAAUCAAGUUCUUGUAUUGUGUUGUAUUGUUUUGUAAGUCUCUGUGGUAUUUUGACCUCACCAGCAGGCAGGGGGACAAAAUGAUUUGGUUAGGUUUGAAAAAGGUUUGGUUGGAAAUGAAACUCGAAGGAAACUGAAAGAGUUAACUCAUAGUAUGUACAAUGAUGUUUGUGAAAACUAAGACUUUUAUUCCUAGAUAAAACACAAACUUAGCUGUCUGACAGAAGUGCUUCACCUGUGACUGCAGUCACACCUGACUGAACGACACUGUUUUGGUGAAACUGUAAGCUGCUCUGGGGGCCGCCAAAGUUAGUGGUUUCUGGAGUCAAACUGAUAUAAUUCACAAACUUGCGUUUUAAUGAUCAUAGCGCACUGCCUUUGCACUGUUUUACAGACGGGUACAUGGAUAACCUGAAAGCUUCAGACUGCAUUUCUAGGCAGUGAUGAAAAAGGUUGGGUGGCUGCUGUCCUUUGGCAUGGACUUUCCCCUGCUGUCACUGGAAUGGAAAACUCUGAGUCAUGUACUUUAUACUCAUAUUGAUGGUCAACAGCAUUCUGUUUCUAUAAUAAUCAAGGAUUAGAUGAUACCCUGCCUGCAUGCAUGCCAAGGGAGCAGAGACUCAACACUGGACCUUUACACAAGUUUUGCGGGCCUCAAAGAAAAAGAAUCAACUAAUACCAAAAAAUGUUCAUGUGAAACAAACACUGAAGUGUGAACAGAUAACUCGAGACUUUUGCUGGAUCCCUCAGUUUCAAUGAGAGGCACCAGUCUCAUUAACGGAGAAAACUUUCCUUUUCAAUUCGACAGUUUUUCAUUUCUAAAAGCCUCUAUCUUUUCCUCCAGUGCUUUAAUCCAUCUCCGGUCCUAUAUUUAGGACCGGAGGAUGACAAAUGUGAAGAUUUUCUUUCCCCAACAUAAGUCAAUGAUUAGUUUUAAUAAGCCUCGCCUGCAACGACUGUUUGAUGAAACACUUCAAAUUUCUCUCUGGGAUCAAAAAUUCAGGACAUGUCUGCACACUCAAUUACUGAGAAUAAAUGAGGGAGGUUAGGAUACUCUGACUCAGAUGGCAAUAAAACUUAAUUUACUUCUGAGACUUUGUGAGGUUUGAGGUGUUCAGCGAGAAGUGAGUAAAAGUAAAUAACUGUUUUAGCAUUUCUGUACUUUUUGACUCUCUGAAAACUCGACUUACUCUGCCUGCUUGAGCUCUGUUCAGGUCACUGAUGUUACUUUGAAUUCCUCUUUAACUCCUUAAACAUAAAUCAGGUGCUCCUGACUCUCAAAAACAAAUUAGGUCUUCAUGUAUUUUUAUACUGAAUUAGUGACAACUUAGAGAGAGAUCCUCCACCUUUACAGAAGCACCACUGGCUUCAUCACGACUCACAAUUAUAAGACUUGUGAGUUUUGUUUAGUUCCCAGAACCUUGUUUAAAAGUUAAUUUACAACCGUUAUACACCACAUUAAUGAAUCCUGAACUUUGGUGGGGGUAGGAUAUACAUUUGUCCUGAAAUACCAAUAUAUCAUCAGGGAUCCAGGAAUCAAUUUUUAAAUCUAAAAAUUAUACCAAAUGAGACUGUCUAAAUUUGACUCACUGCAUCACUUCUUCAAAAAAACUCCUGGUGGUCACCCAGAUGACAUGAUCUCCAAACUCUUUAUCUUUCAAGAGGAUUUUAUAUUGUUUCAGCAGAGACAUUAUCAUGACCAUCCUGGCCAUGUAUCACACAGUAUUCCUUUUAGUAUUUUGAAUUUCCCUUCGGGGAUUAAUAAAGUUCUUCUUCUUCUUUUAUAAUCCAAUUGUAUUGUAUUGUUUUGUCACCUCAUAUCGUGUCACAUUGUCGUAAAUGUACUCUGAUGGUGCCCAUUUUGAGGUUAAAUCUUUUAUGCUCUCUGUGUACAGUAAUAUUGUCUUCUUAUCUUUCUUGAACACUGUCAUCUCUCUGACUCACAGCUGAAGAGAAGCUUUAGUAGCCUUUUUAUGUAGUAGCUACUAUCUGGCCCAUCUUACAGUUUAUUCCUUCAAAAAACAGGUUCAGUAAGGUUUGUUUAGAGCUCUUGUUUUUGGUUGCCUUAUAAAGUAGUGCGAACCAUCUUAUGAGCAGGAUACCAUGUGUGUUUCUGUGUAGUUGUUCCUGUUGAUUUGGACUUUGUCAUUGCUGUUACAGAGCUACCAGUUUGUGGAGGGUUCAACAAACAGACUUGACAUUCAAACGUGUUUUUCUUUGUCUUGGUUUCUGUAGGUAUGGUUUAAGAACCGACGUGCCAAGUGGAGAAAGCGUGAGAGGAACCAGCAGGCCGAGUUGUGUAAAAACGGCUUUGGAGCCCAGUUUAAUGGACUCAUGCAGCCCUACGAUGACAUGUACACAGGCUACUCCUACAACAACUGGGCUACCAAGAGCCUAGCAAGCAGCCCGCUCUCUGCCAAGAGCUUCCCGUUCUUUAACUCAAUGAAUGUAAGCCCCCUGUCAUCCCAGCCCAUGUUCUCACCCCCCAGCUCCAUCCCCUCCAUGAACAUGGCCUCUAGUAUGGUGCCCUCGGCGGUGGCUGGGGUCCCCACCACAGGCCUCAACAAUCUGGGCAACCUCAACAACCUCAACAGCCCCACGGCGCUCAAUUCUGUGGCGGUGACUGCAGCCACGUGCCCCUAUGCCUCCACAGCCAGUCCUUAUAUGUACAGAGACACCUGCAACUCCAGCCUGGCCAGCCUCAGGCUCAAGGCCAAGCAGCACGCCAACUUCGCUUACCCUGCAGUGCAGAAUCCCGUGUCCAACCUGAGCCCCUGCCAGUACGCUGUGGACCGGCCAGUAUGAAGAAGAUGCUCUGACUAGGACCCUAAUCCAACUGACCACCUGUAAGUCCACUUUCACCUGACUUGACAUCUCCUCAGCUCUAUCUCUGGCUGCCAGAUGUGCUGCAGGCUGGCAGAGUGUGUUUCUGAUGGUCCUCUUUCAGAAGAAUCUCCAAACUGACUGAUAAAAAGGUAGACUCGCCCUGAUGGACCACUGUGCUUCAAAGGAAUUCUCUCCAGUUUGUGAGUCUUUGUGGCUAAACUGACCAACUGCUCCAAAGGAUUUCUAAAGAUUAUAAUCCACACCUCUUUUUUCCUUCUUUGAACUGCAUGAUUAGAGUAAAUGUAGAAACCGAGGGUAAAUAAACAUGGAUGUUUCACCUGGACUGGGGGUCAUCAUCUUGGCCUAUAACCACCAGAUGUGAUCGUUGCGACUAUUGCAGGAAAAGGGACCUGCAGUUGCAAUGACAGAGAAAUGGAGGGUGUACAUAAUGGACUUUUUUCUGUUUUGUAUGUGACAAAAUAUAUGAAAACGUACUCUAAAGAUGAGAAGAGCAUGUUCUUUAAAAAUAAGAGGCCCUGAGUUGAGGACAUCCUUAAGGAACUUUAGACUUUGUUGUGAAUUCUUCUCCCCACAGAAGGUCAUAGGUCAAAGGUCAGCCUGGGAGAGCAGGAAGAGGGUAGACUUGGAAGAUGAGCAUAUUAACCUCAUGGUUGGACACCAAAACAACAGUGUGGUCACACAUAUAACAGAAUAUCAGCAAGAUUUGUUCAAAUGAAACUCUAAAAAGCCAUUGAUUAUCUAGAUUUGUGUGGUGUUAUACAAAGGGAGUCAUGACUGUAAAAAUAUAUGUAAGAGUGCAGUUGUCAUAGCAAAAACAAGCUUUUUUCCCGAUGUAGCCUGCUUUGUCUCAUUAAAGAACCCAUUAAAGGAUCUGUUUUUAUGAACCAGAA